UAGCUUCCGUGAUAGUGAGAAGUCAGCCAGUUAGUGAGGGAAGGAGUGGUUGGUGUUUACUGAGUGAGGGGAGAAUCAGGACGUUUACUGCCAAUCUCCGGGAUCUCGAACCCACUGCUCAGCUACUGUACACCGACUUCAUUCCGUUAACAUGGGUGGCAAGGGUCAGCCAUUGCAGAAAUGGUCAGCAAAGAGACUGGAUGGGCAGACUAUAUUAAUAACUGGUGCUAAUACUGGAAUUGGCAAAGAGACUGCAAGAGACCUGGCAAGAAGAGGAGCCGUGAUUAUCUUGGCAUGCCGAGACACAGAGAAAGGUGAGGCUGCAGCUAAAGAAAUAACAGAGGAAACUGGAAAUAGUUAUAUCGUGGUGAAGAAGUUGGAUUUAGCUGACACCAAAUCUAUUCAGGAAUUUGCUAAACAAAUUAAUGAAGAAUACCAGCACCUGAACAUUCUGAUCAAUAAUGCUGGAGUAAUGAUGUGCCCUUAUUCCAAGACAGUGGAUGGGUUUGAACUACAAUUUGGGGUCAAUCAUUUAGGUCACUUUUUGUUAACAUAUUUACUGAUCGAUUUAAUAAAACAGUCCACUCCUUCUCGUAUCAUCAAUGUCUCCUCAACCGCGCACACAAUGGGAGGCAUUAAUUUUGAUGACUUAAACAGCGAGAAGAACUACAGUCCAAUGAAAGCUUAUGCACAGAGCAAACUCGCCAAUGUUCUGUUUACAAGGGAACUGGCACGAAAACUUGAAGAUGCUGGUGUUUUGGCAUUUUCUUUACAUCCUGGAGUGGUGCGAACCGAACUUAGCAGACAUUUGAAUCCUGUAGUUCGGUUUGGCCUGACAAUGCUACGACCUUUCACCAAGUCUCCGUCAGAAGGUGCAGAAACGACACUCUUUUGUGCUGUGGCUGAAGGACUGGAAGAAGAAACUGGGCAGUAUUUCGCGGAUUGUAAGCGUGCAAACUGCUCACAAGCUGCCCAGGAUGAUGAAAAAGCGAAGAAAUUGUGGGAAGUAAGCUGCCAGAUGCUGGAAAUUGAUUGGCAGUGAGAAGACAUCUAAUCUUCAAUCAGAGCAUGUCAUAUGGAUGAUGUUUAGAUUAAUUUUCCCGGGUUGUUCCUGUCAGAAGAUGAAUUGAAUCUGAAUAAUUAAUUGCAAUAUCAGUUUUCCCUCUGAAAUGAUUCAACAUCCUUUCUCCCAUGAUGUAUAUUUUAUAUAAUUAGAUUUGCAUUUCCAUUUUUUUUGGAUGACAUUUAUUUGGUCUUAAUGGUUGUGCUUUAGACUUUUGAAUGUACUACACUAUGUAUUUAAUACUAUUGCAUUUCAAUUCAUUACAUCUUAAAUAUUGUAUAAAAUUUAAUCUGGUAGAAAAAUACUCGUUAAUUCAUG